AUGCGUGCCAUUGCCGCGCUGCUCUGCAUCGUCACACACGCCUGGACGGUGAAUGCCAACGUCGAGAAGACCAUAUUUGUCGCUCCGAGCCCCGUGGCCCUCCCCAAUGUCCGCCCCGGCCUCGACGACCUGCGCCUAGACAUCCUCGACGCGGCACACGCCCCGAUACUGGCGACGAAGCUGGCCGUCCAGUUCCCCACCGAGCCGGCGCCGCGAGGGCUGGAAUCCUGGUACAUUCUGCGGAACCUACAGGAGGGCCGCAGGUACGAGGUCCGCAUCUGCUGGCCGGCCACUCAGCCGACCGACUUCUGGCUGGAUACAUAUCCCCUCACUCACGUCCUGGACACGCCGAACCUCCUUUCGUCUCUCGCCGAAUACAGCGAAUUCCGGCAGGCUCUUGAGCUAGAACCCCCAGAGUCCUCCGAGGACGAGGUCACGCCAGAGUCUCAGUACAUAUUGUUCCUACGCAUCCAGGCAGCAGCGUCCUACUAUUCGACUAACCGCACAUUGAUGGACUAUCCUCCGCUGGUGGACGCUGACAUCAUCCUUGACCCUUACACGCUCAACGUCCUUCCGCGAUCUCUCGUGCCGACUGCCAUCUACAUCAGCAUCGCCUCGGUUGCAGCUUGGUUUCUCUCAGGUUACAUAUACCGCUGGCUGCUCUCUGUUGCAUUAGAGCGGCCAUCCAAAGACCACGCCGAGUGA